UGCGACAUGAGCUAUUACAGUAGAGGGCGUGUCCUCCUCCACAGACUGUCCAUGUGAACACUCUUCACUAUGUUUCUUUCCACAGAUAAAACUAUAUCAAAGAAGACUACGCCGUGCUCUUGUUGACACUUUUUAAAGUCCGAACAUGCUGCAGGAUGGAAGCGGGAAGGAGAAGCCGCUGCCAGCGCCUCUUAGUCUUGCCGAAUCGCCGCCGACUGACCCGAGGCAACAGCCGACUGCCCCCGCUGCGGCUUCGGCCCCCGAAGAGAGCCACUUCCCCUUGCCCGGCAUCACCAAAGUGGACAUAAAGAGACACUCCGUGACGGAUGACUACAAAAUAUCCAGUCAGGUUCUGGGUUUGGGCAUUAAUGGAAAAGUUCUGCAGUGUUUCAACAGGAAGACUGGAGAGAAGUGCGCUCUCAAGAUCCUCUAUGACAGCCCCAAAGCGAAGCGAGAAGUGGAGCUUCACUGGCGGGUCUCUGGCGGGCCGCACAUUGUUCCAAUUCUCAGCCUGUAUGAAAACAUGCAUCAGGGGAAAAAGUGCCUGCUCAUAAUCAUGGAAUGCAUGGAGGGUGGAGAGCUGUUCAGCAGGAUCCAGGCCAGAGGGGACCAAGCUUUCACAGAAAAAGAGGCGUCAGAGAUUAUGAGAGACAUCGGCUCAGCCAUCGAGUUUCUGCACAAUAUUAACAUUGCCCACAGAGACAUCAAGCCUGAGAACCUACUGUACACCUCCAAGCACAAAAACGCAAUCCUCAAACUAACAGACUUUGGCUUCGCAAAGGAAACCUCCCAACACAACCCUCUACAGACCCCCUGCUACACACCUUACUACGUGGCACCGGAGGUUUUGGGUCCGGAGAAAUACGACAAGUCAUGUGACAUGUGGUCUCUGGGCGUCAUCAUGUACAUCGUGUUGUGCGGGUUCCCCCCGUUUUACUCCAACACGGGUCAGGCUAUUUCACCGGGAAUGAAGAGGAGAAUCAGGAUGGGCCAAUAUGAGUUUCCCAAACCAGAGUGGGCUGACGUGUCUCAGGAAGGUAAAGACUUGAUUAACCAGCUGCUGAAGACGGACCCCAAUGAGAGAAUGACCAUCACCCAGUUUAUGAAUCACCCUUGGAUUAGUCAGUCCAUGGCGGUUCCCUCCACGCCGCUCCACACCACCCGGGUGCUGACUGAGGACAGAGAGCUGUGGGAGGACGUCAAGGAGGAGAUGACCAGCGCCUUGGCCACCAUGCGCGUGGACUACGACCAGGUGAAGAUCAAGGACCUGGACACCUCCAGCAACCCGCUCCUCAACAAGAGGCGCAAGAAAGCUGCGGCGGGGGCCAAGAGCAGCGGCACGGCCUGUCAAAGUCAGUGACAACCUUCCAUUCUACACCUGUGGGUGCUCUCGCCGUCAAGGCAAAGCUUCGGACGGUUUAAGUGGAUGAAUAGACAACAUUAAAAUAUUGACAGACUUUUUACACAGCCUCAUGUUUCUAGGAGGUUUUUUAAAUGACAUUUGUAGACUCGGAUAUGACGUGCUAGGUUUGAUACAGUAUUUGAAGUUUGAACUGACCUGGUGUGGCCAACACACCAACUGUGGACUGUGAAAGUGGAGAUUUCGAGCCGCUGUUUAUUGUCAGCAUUCAGACGACUCUGGUCUUCAACCGUGAGACUAUUUUUAAUUGAAAAUAAAACGGCCAAUCAAUAUAGUGUGUCAUUUGUGAGCUGCCACAGGUGUUUCUCUUCAGGCUUUAGUAAGGUCUGGGGUAGGGUUGUUGUCCCUAUACCAAUAUUUUGGUACCGGUACCAAAAUGUAUUUCCAUACUUCUCUAAAUAAAACACUGCAUUAUUGGCUUUAUUUUAACAAAAAAUCUUAUGGUACAUGAAACAUAUGUUUAUUAUUGCAAUUUAGUCCUUAAAUAAAAUAGUGAACAUACUAGACAACUUGUCUUUUAGUAGUAAGUAAACAAACAAAGGCUCCUAAUUAGUCUGCUGACGUAUGCAGUAACAUAUUGUGUCAUUUAUCUACCUAUUAUUUUAUCAACAUUAUAAAGGACAAGCUGUAAAAAAUGAAUUAUUAAUCCACUUGUUCAUUUUCUGUUAAUAUCUGCUUACUUUCUGUUUCAACAUGUUCUAUCUACACUUCUGUUAAAAUGUAGUAAUCACUUAUUCUUUUCUUUUUUGAUACUUUACAUUAGUUUUGGAUGAUACCACAAAUGUAGGUGUCGAUCCGAUACCAAGUAGUUACAGGAUCAUACAUUGGUUAUAAUUUAAGUCCUCAUGUGUCCAGGGACAUAUUUCCUGAGUUUAUGAACAUAAUAUGAAUUUUAAAAAAAUGAAAAAAUAUUUUUUGAUGAUAAAAAAUAUCAAUGUAAUCAUAGUAGUAUCGACUAGAUAUAUUAUUGUACCUAGUGGUUAGAUUGGUAGGUCGUGAGUUCAAACCCCGGCCGAGUCAUACCAAAGACCUCGCUGCUUGGCACUCAGCAUCAAGGGUUGGAAUUGGGGGUUAAAUCACCAAAAAUGAUUCCCGGGCGCGGCCAUCGCUGCUGCUCACUGCUCCCCUCACCUCCCAGGGGGUGAACAAGGGGAUGGGUCAAAUGCGGAGGACAAAUUUCACCACACCUAGUGUGUGUGUGUGACAAUCAUUGGUACUUUAACUUUAAUAGUGUGUCAUUUAUCAUUCUAUUAUUUUAUUAACAUUAUAAAGGACAAGCUGUAAAAAUGUAUUAUUAAUCUACUUGUUCAUUUACUGUUAAUGUCUGCUUAUUUUCUCUUUCAAUAUGUUCUAUCUACACUUCUGUUAAAAUGUAAUAAUCACUUAUUCUUCUGUUGUUUGAUACUUUACAUUAGUUUUGGAUGAUACCACAAAUUUAGGUAUCGAUCCGAUACCAAGUAGUUACAGGAUCAUACAUUGGUCAUCAUUUAAGUCCUAAUGUGUCCAGGGACAUAUUUCCAGACUUUAUAAACAUAAUAUGAAUUAAAAAAAAAUUAAAAAUUAUUUUCUGAUGAUAAAAAAUAUUGAUGUAGUCAUAGUAGUAUCGACUAGAUACGCUAUUGCACUUGGUAUCAUUACAGUGGAUGUCAGGUGUAGAUCCACCCAUGGCAUUUGUUUACAUUGUGGCGCCGGUGAGCUAUUGUAUCCACCUACGGUGUGUAGUGAAGCAUGUUUAGCUAUUCCUCGUCCUGCAGUGAUAAUGAUACUUGUAAGAAACUUACUUUAUUUGUCGCCAUGGAGGCGAGGAUUAGUGAUUUAGAAGUAGCUAUGUUAGCGGCUAGCUAGCUUACCAUGUUUUAAAGCACCUCUUCCUGAGGGCUUUUCAGUGUUAUAACUUCACCUUUAUCAUUAGUUUUUAGGCCAAAAUGCGUCCAUUCUCCCUUUUCUGUCUACACAAUGUGUCUGCUUGUAAGUACUCCGUGAUAGUGCGCUGCCGAACAUGCUCCUCUGCUCGUAAAACCAGCAAUGUCACGACGUGAUCCGUUGGGAACCGGUACUUUUCAAACAGAGUGUAGUGCCGUUUUUGAUUCAUUAGUACCGUGAUACUAUACUAGUACUGGUAUACCGUACAACCCUAGUCUGGAGGCAUUUGGUUGAGAGUGUGUGUGUUAAUGAGGGUUGAGUAAAAGGGCUUCCAGUAACUAAGGUCAAAGCUUUUGUGUAUCAUUUUGUAAGAUUUUUCUCUCUUUGUGGAUAUUGUCUUAAGUCUACACUGCAAAAAGUCAGUGUUCAAAAACAAGGGAAAAAAUACAAAAAUGAGGGGUAUUUUACUUGAACUAAGCAAAAUUAUCUGCCAAUAGAACAAGAAAAUGUGGCUUGUCAAGACUUUCCAAAACAAGUAAAAUUAGCUAACCUCAAUGAACCCAAAAAUACCUUAAAAUAAGUAUAUUCUCACUAACAACAAGUGCACUUUUCUUGUUAUUAAAAAAAAGAGACCUUUUUGCUCGAUAUGUUGACAAAUAUUCUUAAAUUAAGUGAAUGCUAGUGCCCUUUAUGGGCUCGGCAUUACAUUUCUUCUUUCUUCUACCUUAAAAUAAGUAUACUCUCACUAAUGACAAGUGCACUUUUCUUGGUAGAAAAGACAAACAUGAGACCUUUUUGCUCGAUAUGUUGAAAAAUAUUCUUAAAUGAAGUAAAUGCUAGUGCUAUUAUCUUGACAGAAUGAUAUGCGCUCGGCAUUACAUUUCUUGAAACCAGCAAACUUAUACUCAAAACUAAUUUAUUGUUCUUAAUGGAAAGGCAACAAGGCAACCGCUUGUUACUCUCGGGGUCUCCUAGCCGCUCAGGCAAAUCAUAUGGUCUAAAAAUGCAUUUUUCCAUCGAUAACAUGACAUCAUCGCGCCAAGUGCGUGCUCUUUCAGUCAAUUAGUGCGCAAGGAAUAUAUAUAUAUAGAAAAUAUACAUAUAUAUAUAUAUAUAUAUAGCCGUGUUUUCCAUAAACUGCCAGGAUAACUGUGGCGAUGGGGGCGUGGCUAUGGGCGUGGUCACCAUGACAUCAUCGAGUAAUUUGCAUAAUUUACUACAAUGAUAUGAUUUUCUCUAAAAAGGCUCAAAAAAUGUAUACUUACUAAUUAAUAAUAACAGUUUUGUUUUAAACGUCCAUCCAUCCAUCCAUCCAUCCAUUUUACAAUAUAAUUACAACACUUUAUGUACAUAUUUAUAUACAGAUUUGAACAAUAAGUUAUUCACUGAAAUAUAUUUAUUAAUUGUGGUUCUUACAAAAAAUAUAUCUUAUAAAAUAUAAAAGCUAAAAUGUCUCUUAAAGCUCUGCCCCUUUAAUUAGUGCAUACUAAAUAAUUUAACUUUAGCCUACUACUACAACCAUAUUAUUUACCAGCAACAUAAAGUGAGACAGAGGCAGAGGUGUCCUGCCACAGUCAGUAACAAAUAAACAGAAAACAGUAGUGGUCAAAUACAAAUAAGGCUACAAGAGAAGUAUCCUACACUUCUCUUUUGUAAAGUAAAUCUGAACAGCCUAUAUGGGCAUCUACAUCACCUAUAUGAUUUGCCUGAGAAGUUGGACAGGACAACAAAAAAAAACAAAAAAAAAUUGUUUUAUUUUAUUUUAUUUGUGGCGGACGUAAUUCUUUCGUGGCGGGCCGCCACAAAUAAAUGAAUGUGUGGGAAACACUGUAUAUUUACAGCCCGGCCCCAGGCCAUUUUUUUUUUAAUUGUAAUUUUGAAGAAUUUAUCUGAAUGUGCAUGAACUAUUUCUGUUCAAAAUUGUUUGAAAUGUCAAAUGUUUAAAUAUUAACUGUCAGUUUACUGUACUGUGCCAACUGUACUACUCUAUGAGUACGUGUUUUCUAUUGUUUCAUUGAA